AUGAUGCGCCGGUCAUUUGGGCCUCUGUGGACUCGAUCGCUCUGUCUUGCGAGCAGGCGUUUGCCGCUCACGACAAUCAGCCAUGCCAAGCUUCCCGCCGUCUCGCCACGCCUCUGCGCUCGCCCGCUGAGCACGACAAACUUCGUUCGCUCCCAACCCAUCAGUGCACAGGAUGAAGCCCUCUCCUCUUUGAACAAGCCGUCCCAGACUUUGACCGAGAAGAUUGUCCAGCGCUAUGCUGUUGGUCUUCCCGAGGGAAAGCUCGUCCGCAGCGGUGACUACAUCAGCCUCAACCCCCAGCAAUGUAUGACUCACGACAACUCUAUGCCCGUCGCCCUCAAGUUCAUGUCCAUGGGAGCCACCAAGGUCCACCGCCCCGAGCAGAUCGUCAUGACCCUCGACCACGACGUCCAGAACACCACCGAAGCCAACCUCAACAAGUACAGGAAGAUCGAGGAGUUCGCCAAGAAGCAUGGUAUCGACUUUUAUCCCGCCGGACGAGGCAUUGGCCACCAGAUCAUGGUUGAGGAGGGAUACGCUUGGCCUGGUACCAUGGCUGUCGCCUCUGACAGUCACAGCACGCAUUACGGCGGUGUCGGUUGUCUUGGAACCCCCAUCGUGAGAACCGAUGCUGCCAGUAUCUGGGCGACGGGCCGCACCUGGUGGCAGAUCCCCCCUGUUGCCAAGGUGACCCUCACCGGUACCCUCCCGACUGGUGUCACCGGCAAGGACGUGAUUGUCGCUCUGUGCGGUCUGUUCAACAGCGACGUCCUCAACCAUGCCGUCGAGUUCGUCGGUUCCGAGGAGACUAUGGCCAGCCUGAAGGUCGACAGCCGUAUGACCAUCGCCAACAUGGCCUGUGAAUGGGGAGCUCUUACCGGUCUGUUCCCCAUCGACCGCACCCUGGAGGGCUGGCUGCGCUACAAGGCGACCGAGGCCUCCAUGCUCGACCGCCCGACCAAGGAACGCAUCACCCACGAAAGAAUCGACGAGCUGUUCGCCAACCCUCUGAAGGCGGACCCCGACGCCGUCUACGCCAAGCAGCUCUACCUCAACCUGUCCACCCUCUCGCCCUACGUCUCUGGCCCUAACUCGGUCAAGGUCGCCACGCCCCUCAACGAGCUCGCCCCCCAGAAGAUCAAGGUCAACCGCGCGUACAUUGUCUCUUGCACCAACUCGCGUGCUUCUGACAUUGCGGCUGCCGCCAAGGUCUUCAAGGACGCCGCCAAGGCUAACAACGAUGUCACCCCCAAGAUUGCCGACGGCGUCCAGAUGUACAUCGCCGCCGCUUCUUCGUACGAGCAGGAGGCCGCCGAGGCCAACGGCGACUGGCAAAUCCUCCUCGAGGCUGGCGCCCAGCCUCUUCCCGCUGGCUGCGGUCCCUGUAUCGGACUGGGCAAGGGUCUGCUCGAGCCCGGCGAGGUCGGUAUCAGCGCUAGCAACCGUAACUUCAAGGGACGCAUGGGUUCGCGUGACGCCCUCGCAUACCUGGCAAGCCCCGAGGUCGUAGCCGCCAGUGCCCUCAGUGGUCUCAUCUCCGGCCCCGGCGCCUACCAGGUGCCUACCGACUACAAAGGCGUCGAGCGUGGAUUCGGCACCGGCCAGGCGCCCACCGUCGAGGACGAGCUCGCCGGUAUGCUCCAGCAGAUGGACUCUCUCAUUGACCGCGUCGAGUCCGCCGCGGAUACCUCCAAGUCCGCCACCGAGAUCCUGCCCGGCUUCCCCGAGAAGAUCACCGGCGAGAUCGUCUUCUGCGACGCCGACAACCUCGACACCGACAGCAUCUACCCCGGCAAGCUGACCUACCAGGACAACGUCACUAAGGACGUCAUGGCGCGCGCCGCCAUGUCCAACUACGACCCCGAGUUCGACGGCCUCGCCAAGGCCAACGACAUCCUUGUCGCCGGCUUCAACUUUGGCUGCGGUUCCUCGAGAGAACAGGCCGCGACCGCCCUGCUGGCCAAGGAGAUCCCCCUCGUCGUCGCCGGCAGCUUCGGAAACAUCUUUGCCAGAAACAGCAUCAACAACGCCCUCAUGGGUCUCGAGGUGCCCCGCCUCAUCGAGCGUCUGCGCGCCACCUACGCUUCCGCCGAGCGCAAGCCUACGCGCCGCACCGGCUGGACUCUGACCUGGGACGUCAAGCGCAGCAUGGUCGAGGUCAAGGAGGGCGAGAACGGAGAGAGUUGGACCGAGAAGGUCGGCGAGCUCCCCGCCAACGUGCAGGCCAUUAUCGCCGCGGGAGGUCUGGAGGCUUGGGUCAAGGGAGAGAUUGCAAAGGCAUGA